GCCGGCCCGGGCGGGGGCGGUCCCAGCGCCCCCAGCGCCCCCAGCGGCCCCGCAGCGCCUGCGCCCGCGGCUCCCGCGUCUCCGGGCGGCCCACACGCCGGGAGGGGAAGGGCCGCGCCGCCCGGUGCGAAGUUCCUCGCCCAGAAGUUAGGUGGCCUCUGCGACUUCCGCAGCGGCCAUUAUUUAUUAGGGAUUACUGGAUGACGCUCUGUGCUGGGCGUUUGAUAUAACUCGAUGCCCUUUGACCAUCUGUAAAAUGCGGGCGCCAUCCAGUUGGCCUGGAAGCCCAAAGGGCCUCUAAGAGCAGAGCUCUGACUUCUGGGGCUGGGGAUGAAUCACGUUAGGUUUUCUCUCACUCUUCUUUUUUCUUAAAAAAAAAAAAAAAAAAGCUUUAUUAAGGCAUAAUUCAUAUACUUGUGGCGAGUUUUUGGAUCCGAUGUAGGCUUAACUUUCUUGUCACCAGUGAGGUUUGAAUACUGUGUUUAAGGUCAACUUAUUUUUUUCCUAAGUAUUUGUGGAAAUAUUAAAUAAGAGGACUUUAUGUUAAGGGAAAGAAACUGAUAUGAACAAGAUGUAAGAUGAAACUGCACGGAAAACCAGCUCGAUUUAUGUCUUUAGUUUGUGAUGUUUCCGAGUUUCGGGAAGUUCUGUGUUCUGUAUGAUUUAGAAUGGUUAAACCAAAUCUUAAAGAAAGGCAUAAUGUUUCCGUUCUUCUGCUAUGAAAUGGUUAGUUUCUUUUCUUAAUAAGCCGAGUUGCAUAACUUGAGGGAAAACAGGAUUGGCACUGUGGGUAGACUAAACCUCUAGAUAAUCUCACAUACUGGAAAGUCUAAUCAGCAUGAUUUUAAAGAACGAAUCUUUUAGGUGUUCCCUCCUGCGAGGCACUUUUGUUUCAGUUGUUUUUUAUUUUAAAGAGUGAUUUUUCAUUUUCUCUUAAAAAAUAAUUUAAGUCCCUUGAUUUUUAUAAGGUGUUCCCUGUAUGUUAAAUGUGUAGCAGAUGCAAAAAACUGUGUGUGUGUAUUAGAAACUUUUCUCUCACAUUUGGUCUUCAUCUGGAUGAGACAGUUUUGCUAGUUCUUUGGUUUACCACAUAGACAUAGGGGAUUUCUGAAACUGAAUUUUUCUCCCUGUGACGUUGAAUUCCAGAGAAACGCUGUAUUAGUUUCUGGCAAGAUUUUCCUAAAUUUAAACAUAAAAUCAACUGGUCAUUUAAUUUACUCCAUCAUAGAAUUGUUUCCUCUCAUAUGCUUAUGAUAUAUCUAUAUCUGUGUAUCUUCAAAUUAGGCCUUGUUUCUUGUCCCAUCUUCUUACUUUUUUCCCCACUCUCAAGUGAGAGUCUCAAUUAUUCAUUUCCUGACUUUCUGCGUGUUUACUUUGUGUUCGGCUCAUCCCAAGAGGUUGUGACAUAGUAGCGGUCAGAAGCUGUAAACAUAGACUACAUUUUAAAGUGUAUUUUAAAAUUUAAAUUGAAAUGAGAUUAUUUCCUUUCUACUUAGAAAGCCUAGUCGAACCCCAUAUGGGGGUUGGAAGGCAGCAGAGAGGACCCUUUCAAGGCGUUCGUGUGAAGAACUCGGUGAAGGAACUACUCCUGCAUAUCCGAAGUCAUAAACAGAAGGCUUCUGGCCAAACUGUGGAUGAUUUUAAGACGGAAAGUGUGAACAGAGAGCAAUUCACAGAAUUGAAGAACACAGUACCAUAUAGUGGGAAAAGGAAAGGACCUGAUUCAUUGUCUGAUGGACCAGCUUGCAAAAGGCCAGCUUUAUUACAUACCCAGUUUUUGACACCGCCUCAAACACCAACACCUGCAGAGAGCAUGGAAGAUGUUCAGCACAGUGAAUCCAAACAGGACAGCAGUGCCGAUCUGCUUCAGAACAUAAUCAACAUUAAGAAUGAGUGCAGCCCGGUUUCCUUAAAUACUGUCCAAGUUAGCUGGAUGAGCCCUGGGGUGGUCCCGCAGGGCUCCCCCCGAGAACAGUGUCAGGACUUCCACAGAGGGCAGAUCUUCUCUCCACCGCAGAAGUACCAACCCUUCCAAGUCAGCAGCUCCGCACACCUGAUGGAUCAGGCGGCCCUGUACCAGUAUUCGCCCCAGAGCCAGAACCUGCAGCACCCCCCGCCACCACCACAGCACUACACCCACACCCCAGCUCUGGAAUACAGUCCUUAUUCCAGAACUUCCCAGUCCCCCAGCUAUGAACCAAACCUCUUUGAUGGCCAAGACCCACAGUUCUGCCCAGAUCAAAGUUUUGCAUCCUUUCUAAAUAGUCAGGAAUCUGAGAAUAUUGCUGUUCCCAUUCAGAACUCCCACAACGUUCAGCAGCAAAAUGAGUCCCAGCUGCAGAACUUCAACAUGAUGCCGCCCAGUGCCUGUGAGGCUAUGGUGGGCCAUGAUGCAGGCUCCACCCCUUUAAGCACCUCACUGCCAUUCCCGAACAUCAUCGGAAAUCCAGUGAACACCACACAGUUAGGGAAGUCAUUUUUUCAGUGGCAAGUAGAGCAAGAAGAAAGCAAAUUGGCAAAUAUCUCCCAAGACCAGUUUCUUUCAAAGGAUACAGAUGGUGACACGUUCCUCCAUAUUGCUGUUGCCCAAGGGAGAAGGGCACUUUCCUAUGUCCUUGCAAGAAAAAUGAAUGCGCUUCACAUGUUGGAUAUUAAAGAGCACAAUGGACAGAGCGCCUUUCAGGUGGCAGUGGCCGCCAAUCAGCAUCUCAUUGUGCAGGAUCUGGUGAACCUUGGGGCCCAGGUGAACACCACCGACUGCUGGGGAAGAACCCCUCUGCACGUCUGUGCUGAGAAAGGGCACUCCCAGGUGCUCCAGGCAAUUCAGAAGGGAGCAGUGAAGAGCAAUCAGUUUUUGGAUCUUGAGGCGACUAACUAUGACGGCCUGACUCCCCUCCACUGUGCGGUUGUGGCCCACAAUGCUGUGGUGCAUGAACUUCAGAGAAAUCAACAGCCCCAUUCACCUGAAGUUCAGGAGCUUCUACUGAAGAACAAGAGUCUGGUUGACACCAUUAAAUGUCUGAUUCAGAUGGGAGCAGCAGUGGAAGCCAAGGAUCGUAAAAGUGGUCGCACAGCCUUGCAUUUGGCAGCGGAAGAAGCAAAUCUGGAGCUCAUCCGCCUCUUUUUGGAGUUGCCCAGUUGCCUGUCUUUUGUGAACGCAAAGGCUUACAACGGAAACACUGCCCUCCAUGUUGCUGCCAGCCUUCAGUAUCGGGUGACACAGUUGGAUGCAGUUCGACUACUGAUGAGGAAGGGAGCAGACCCAAGUACUCGGAACUUGGAGAAUGAACAGCCAGUGCAUUUGGUUCCUGAUGGCCCUGUGGGAGAACAGAUCCGACGUAUCCUGAAGGGAAAGUCCAUUCAGCAGAGAGCUCCACCAUAUUAGCUCCAUUGACUUGGAGCCUGGUCGGCAACACUCACUGUCAGUUAGGCAGUCCUAAUGUAUCUGUACAUAGACCAUUUGCCCCGUAUUGGCAAAUGUAAGUUGUUUCUAUGAAACAAACAUAUUUAGUUCACUAUUAUAUAGUGGGUUAUAUUAAAGAAAAAGAAGAAAAAUAUCUAAUUUCUCUUGGCAGAUUUUAAUAUUUCAUACCCAGUUAUCUGGGAUCAACACAUCUGAAUUUAAUCUUGAAUGGUAAAAUCGACUUCAAUUAACAGUAGCUUUUGGGUAGGGCAAGGCUUUGAUUUGUGGCAUAAGGCAUUGCUCGGGUAGCCAUUGUCAGUUUAAAAGCAGGUAAACUAUAAACAUUUUUUAAAGAAAAUGAAAGCAUAUGAAAGGAAAAAAUAAAUCUGGAUGUAGUCUUGAGGCUUCAUGUGGCCCAAUGAAGUACCUGAUCGUUGUUAUUGGUAUUGGAAAGUGUCUAGGUGUUGGACUAGAUGAAAUGUACCAGGGUUAAAAUUUGAUUUUUGCAAAUUGUAUAUAGUUGUUGUUUUGUCUUUUAAAGUAUUUGUACAUAUUUGGUCAUUGACGUGGCCACAUUUGAAAUGUAAAUUGAUAAAAUAGAAAAGAACAAGUGAAUUGUCACUAUUUAAGAAAAUGAUACAGGGGCGCCUGGGUGGCUCAGAUGGUUAAGCGUCUGCCUUCGGCUCAGGUCAUGAUCCCGGGGUCCUGGGAUCGAGCCCCGCAAUCAGGCUCCCUGCUAGGCGGGGAGCCUGCUUCUCCCUCUGCCUCUGCCUCUCUCUCUCUCUCUCUCUCUGACUCUCAUGAAUAAAUAAAUAAAACAUUAAAAAAAAAAAGAAAAGAAAAUGAUACACAUUCAGAAGAGCUGUGUAAUCAAUCACGCAUCUACCAUCUCUGUGGAUGGAGCAGAUUGAGAGUCGUUCCCUUAGUAGCUGACAGAGCUCUGUUUGAAUUGUAAAUAUGCUUUUACUCAUGCAUGGAGAUGAGACACACUAUUUGUAAGGAAUUGCAUGCUCUUAAAGAGAACACCUCUUUGUGGCUCACUUUCUAGAAUUUAUAAUGUACUUGUUGGAAUUUUGUUUUACCUUUAUAGGAACAUUAAAAAGUCAAUACUGAAACAUGUGUUACUGGUUUUCUAUUGUCAAAGAAUGAGAACACACCAUGAUGUUUCAUAUUACCAUUCAGGAAGAAAAUGCCUUAUUUUUUUUAGUAACUUUGAUUCUAUUAAUAUUAUUUUGCUUAUCUCUGGCAUGCCCCAAGGAAUGUAGUUGGCUUUGAUUGCACACUAAUUCACUGUAACAGAUUUGAUUCAUUAAAAACCUUUUUUUUUUUUUUUAAAUGAGAAGUCCCACAGGCAACUGGCUGUGAUGAAUCGUCUUCGUAGCUAAAUCCUUUUAAAUAACUUGACCUUUGGAUUGAUCACACUCUUUGCCCCAGUAUGUCUUGUGGACAAAAGCUAGUUAUAGUUAUUUGGUAUUGUAAAUACAGCUGUGAUGUGAACUCAUGGAAAAACUCAUGCGUGGUUUUAAAUAAACAUUAAUUCAAUAAUA